AUGCAGCAUCUGAAGGUUACAGUGUCAAAUACAGAUGGAGGAGUAAAGAAGCUGACCUGCAGCUCUACCUGCACUCUGCCCAACAACCCCACCUACAUCUGGUACAGGAACGGACAGCCUGUGUCUGACCGGAACAGACAUGAACUGGAGCUGAGAGACAGAACUGUGGAUGCUGGCAGCUACUCCUGCGCUGUGAAAGGAUACGAGGAGCUCGGCUCUCCUGCCGUCUGUGUUUUUGAUAAAGGCCUGCAGGUGAAAGUGGAAGGUCCUGCAGUCACAGCGUCAGAGGGACAGACAGUAACACUGACCUGUAGCUCCACCUGCACUCUGCCCAACAACCCCACCUACAUCUGGUACAGGAACGGACAGCCUGUAUCUGAGUGUGAAUCUGCCUCCUGCUCUGUACCUGUGGUCAGUGAAGCGGUCAGCUACAGCUGUGCUGUUAAAGGCAGUGAUCUCCACUCUGCUCCAGUGGCCGGGGAAAUUCCACCUCCGCAACUGUGGGAACAGUUCGCUGUUUGGGGAACCGUUCCAGUCAGUUCUGCACUGGUUCUGUGUCUUAUUAUUGCUGUUCUCUGCAUUCGGAGGAAGAGAGGAGCGGAGAGAGGAGCUGAUGUUCAGGCUCCGAAGUGUGGAGACGACACGUACUCGGCUCUGAACCCCAACAGCAUGUCCUCCGACUACGACACUCUGACUCAUGUUAGAGACUCUCCCAGUGACACAUACUCAGCUCUGAACCCCCAAACCAUGUCCUCUGAUUACGACACUCUCACACCUGUUAGAGACUCUCCCAGUGACACGUACUCAGCCCUGAACCCUGAAACCAGGACGUCUGAUUACGAUGCUCUGACUGUUGUCCGUCCUCACCCAGCGAUGAGAAGAGCUCCAGAGAACGAGAACUAACAGCUCUUCAUUUACUCUUCAUUCACCACUGCAGCUUCAGCUCUAUGGACAGAACAUUAAAGAGGCGUACGGAGAAUUUCUGAGGAUUAAA